AUGCCACCUAAAAAGGUGCAACCGUUAAGACUAAACUGUCUAAUUCACGGUGAUCCUGGAUUUUCUGCUUUUUCAGUCGAGAUAAACAAAAGUCAGAAUGUUUCCGACCUCAGCCGUGCUAUCACGGAAAAUCAAAGGCAAAACCUUCAACGAGCCGCUCUCGGUGACCGCAAUGCAGACAUUACAAAUGUAUUUGGCGGCCAGAUAUUGAACCCCCUGGAUUCGAUUGGGAAGAAAUUCCCCACACUCUCUAGUGAACAUAUUCACAUAAUUGUUGAAAUACCUCCUAAUUCUGCUGAAUUUCAGUCUGAAUCAUCAAUAAAACAAAUAAUCGAUAUGACGAUCCAACAAUUCACCCAAUACAUUGAUAAAGGAAUAUUAAAAAAACCGAAAGUUUCUCUUUCAAAAAUGGGUCAAUUUGAGUUGGAUGAGAUGCUCAAUCGCUUCGGCCUUGUUAAAAAUACAAUUAAAAUCAAUAUGGCCCCGACACAAAAAUCUGUUGCACCCUUUUACUGGGAUCCUAGUCAAACAGAAGAUCAACAUGCACAAGAUCAGAUGGGAGAUUAUGGGGUAGCUCGGCAAGGAUAUUUGUCAUACUUAAAGAGCAUCAUCACUCUUACUUCUGAAAUUGAUUGGUAUGAUCCCAGAUCCAAGAAAGACCUUUUAUCCUUAAAUGAUGAAGCGCUUCCUUUCAUCGUAAGUGGAACGACAGAUGUGGUAAUCGCGGACAAACUCUCUGCUAAAGCUCAUGAUUUGCGUAAUGGAAUACAUGUCGGAUUUGUAAUCAAAAAGAAAAUUCAAGACACUCACGUUUAUCAAGCUACCGGUAAACUUCUCAUCGCCAAUAUUAUUUCACAAUUUCCACUAUCAAAUGAUAAGAAAGUUAUGCAAUGUCCAACAACAUUACUUAAUGCUAUUAAUAUUAUUGAAACCGCACUUGAGGAAGACGGGCUAAAACAGUUUUUAGAGAGGCCUAAGGUUGUCUUCAAGUUUGAUAAUGAUAUUGCAAAUAUGAAUGAUGUCCUUGAG